AUUAUAUAUUCUCCUUCUUCAUGCCAUCCUUUCCCCCGGAAACUUCUCUUUAGCAUCACACACACUUUCCAAGCAUACUGCAAGCACCGAUUCUUUUUGACACUUCUCUUUCAAUCUCAACUUGCUGCUAUCUUCCAGAUCGUGUGUACUGCUUAUUCAAGUCUUGUAGCAUCAGCUACUUGAAUUGUCUUCACUUUAUUUAUCCCUUUGACACUCUAUUCACCGUCUCACUACUCUUCGUCAAAACACCAUACUUUACAGCUCUGUGCUUCACAUCCUGUCACAAUGUCUAGCACAACUACCACCAAGGACCCACAAGAGGUUGCCGAGGAUUUUAACGUCAGCUCUGAUCUACCACUCCGACUGAAAUCCUCUUCACGACAAAACACAGUUUUUAUCGCACCUUCUGUGUUUACAUCACCAUCUUCUGUCGAUGAUUUGGCCCAGACAUCUGUUACGCCAUGUGACCAAGAAGAGACUGAUGCUACAUCCGGAAGCGGCACCAUCUUUGGUAUUUCUUUUCCAUGUCCUCCUCCUCCCAACACUCCAGCUGAGAGCAGUGAUGGCAUCUCUGUUUCAGGCGAACCAUCACCAAAAUCUGGUUGGACUGGGGAAUACUCUGAUCCUGGUACCUCUUUCACUAGCAUGUCUAAGCUCGGUUGGACAGGAGAAUACUCUCAAUCUGAUCCUAUUACUUCUACCACUAGCAUGUCUAGGCUUCGUUGGACGGGAGAGUACUCUACCUCUGGGGUCGAGCCUGAACAUUUAAUGGCAAGACUCGGCACUUUGGCCAAUACAUCAGAGGACGAGCCUGACAAAACCCAGAGUGGAGACGAGGAAAUAUCUUCUGGAGACAGCUCCCCAACGAAAGGGGAUGAAAGUGCUUGCACUGCUAGAAACAUCAGUCCUGAAGAAGAAGAAGAGGUAGCCAAGUUGGCACGUCAGGCUAUCUGGGGUAUGACUCCUCUCUCAGCCAUUGAAUCCCUAGAAAUUAAGCAAGUCACGUCUGGCGCUGUUACCAUCACCAAUUCGGUUGCUCAGCCCCAAUCUGCUGCUCUAUGCAACAUUGAGAAUGACGCUGUUCCCGAGACUGCAGAGGCUGUGGUGUCCCCUCCUAUUGAGGCAAAGUCCACAAGAGACGCCAAAUUUGUCAAGCGAGAAGAGGACAGUCACAUUGGUCGUGUGGCUUGCUGCAUGAGUCUCUUCAAGAUGCGCAGCAAACCCGAGCCUCAGGCACCAGUCAACCAACCCAAGCACGCCACUCUCUCACCAACAAAGUCUUGUCUCAAGCCAUCUAAUUCUCUGGCUGGCAUUGUUCUUGACAGAAUCGAGGAAGGCAGCCCUCAUGAGCCUGUCCCAGCACCCAAGCCACCAAAAAGCGCCAGUAUUACUUUCGAUCUAGACGAGACAGCCGAGAGUGACAAGUCCAAGCGCAAGUUAAAGUCCAAGUCCAAGUCUUAUUUCAAUUUCAACCUCUUUAGCAAAUCAAGCUAUGAGGAGACCCAGGACACUUCCGAUGAGGAAGAAGAACUUGAUCCAGACUCGCCAUUUGCAGCACAAGACGUGGAAAUACAACGCCGUCUGGCACGAGCUGAUGUCCACCGCGACGCAAAUGAACGCGCAGCUAUUAUUCGAGGCGCGCUGGACUUUCUCUUGGUUGUCUCCGAUAGAGUCGACAGUGUUGCUGCUGAUCGCAUCGGGGUUCUAUUGGACAAGACUGGGGAUAGGUGUCUUGGGAGCUAUACUGGGGAAGAAAAGGAUCACGUGAAUCCUCACCAGUAUGGCAACAAGGUUAGCCAGAGCCUGUACCGCUCUAAAGAGACGGCUAUGUCUUAUAAAAGAAGAUGACGGUCUCGAAACACUGUUCGUUUGGAAGGUCCUUGGAUGUGAGGGGCUGUCCGCAAUUCCAUUAUUGGCGGAUCUUACCUUUUCUGGGUGAAUAUUCGAUGGUUUUUAUUUGGUCUGACGUUGGAGUUGAAUGAAAGGAGUUGGGGUUAUUGGAGCAUAUGGGAAGAUUGAUUAUAUACCACAGCGGCAACUCAGAUGAUGAAAGAGGUUGCAAUAACAUAGAUACCCAUC